AUGUACUCGAUAAAGUACCUGGCGGAGGAUGCAGAUGAAAAGGAGGCCUGGCGGUCGCUCGUCAAAAUGUUGUAUCGUCCGAGGUUGCCUAACGGUAAAUUGAUUCCGCUCUCUUGGCCCCUAGCAGCCUAUCGCCUACUGAAUAAUAUUUGUUGGCCACUACGGGAUAAUGCCAACCGACUGGAACGUUUAUUCGAUCGCUUUUGCUGGGCGCUGGGUUUCUUCAUAUUUAUACAGCACAACGAUGCCGAGCUCCGUUAUAUCCUUUCAAAUAACAACAACUUGGAUCAGAUGCUGAUUUGUGGUCCAACCUAUCUCAUAUUGGUUGAGGCACAUUUACGUGCGUUUCAGUUGGGUUUAAAGAAAAAUAAUUUCAAAAAUUUUCUAAAGAGAUAUUACGCUGAAAUCUAUAUAGACAAACCAACUCAUCCCAAACUCUAUGCAAAUAUACAGAAACGUUUACGUCCGAUUUGGUUUUAUUCCUUUUUAUAUUAUAGCACUCUAUUUUCCUAUGUUAUAACACCGUUAACAAAUUACUUAAAAAAUGUAAAAGCGCCACUCUUUAAAAUGUACUAUCCCUUCGAUAUUACACCCAAUCCCAUCUAUGUGGCUGUGGUGCUCUCCAACAUCUGGGUGGGUUUCACCGUAAUCUCACUGGUCGCUGGCGAGGAUAAUAUACUGUCCGAGGUCAUGCUACAUUUGAAUGGACGUUUCCUGCUGUUACAACAGAAACUGCGCCAAAAUGCGGACCGUCUGCUACACAAUACCGAUGGCAGGUAUAUUGCCGAUGCAUUGCAAGACCAGAUAAUUGAGGCCAUCGAGGAAAAUGUGCGUUUAUAUGAAUUUGCUAAGGGAUUUGAGCGCGAAUUCUCUUUUCGCAUUUUCGUCAAUUUAUCCUUUAGUGCGGGGCUAUUGUGUGUGCUGUGUUUCAAAGUGUAUACGAAUCCGAUGGCUAGUUAUGGCUUCAUGUUUUGGAUCUGUGCCAAAAUUAUGGAAAUGAUAUUGGUUGGUCAAUUGGGCUCCACAAUGAUUUAUACCACUAAUGAAGUAAGCUCGACUUUUUAUGAGUGCAAUUGGGAGUUGGUUUUAAUGAAGUCCACGGAUACGAAAGCUAAUGUACGCCUUUUGAAAACACUAGCUUUGGCCAUUAGCACUAGUGGGAAACCAUUUGUUUUAACCGGCUUCAAUUAUUUUAGCGUCUCCUUGACUGCUGUACUAAAGAUUUUACAGGGUGCCGGCUCGUAUUUUACUUUUCUGACUUCAAUGCGAUAAAGCUGUGUUUCGCAGUGUA